CGGGGUUAAUGAGCGCCCAUUGUUCCACUCUCGCGAUACAAAGUGGGACUUUAUGUACACCAACAUGGCGGCGGCCUGCACCAGGUCUCUCCUUAAGGUCGGCUGGGCAAUGCUGGACAGCCCGGCGGUUCGCCGGCCCGGUUCCGUCACCCACCUCUACCGCAGGGCAUACGGCACCGGGUGUUCCGGCGGGACGUGGGGCCGGUCCAGGCUGCUGUCCUCGCUGCGGGGCGGGGGAAGCAGAGCCAUGGGCUGCGCCUUUCUGCUCGGCGGCGGUCUGGGUCUGUACCACACUGUCAAGUUGUACUGGGUCCAACAGCACCUGGCCCAGGAACACCAUAAGGUGUCGGAGGGGGGCGUGAGGCUGACCCUGUACCAGUACAAGACCUGCCCUUUCUGCAGCAAAGUACGAGCCUUCCUGGACUACCACGGCCUGGCCUACGACAUCGUGGAGGUCAACCCCGUCAUGCGUCAGGAGAUCAAGUGGUCCGCCUACAGGAAGGUGCCCAUCCUGAUGGUGGACGAGGACGUGCAACUGAACGACUCGUCCGUCAUCGUCAGCUCUCUCAAGACCUUCUUAGUCAGCAAGGGGAAGAACAUGGCCGACAUCCUUCGCUGUUACCCUGAGAUGAAGUCGGUGAACGAGGGCGGCAAGGAGGUGACGGAGUACAGCAAUAAGUACUGGCUGAUGCUGAGCGAGGCCGACACGGCGCUGGUGUACCCGGAGAAAGGCAUGCAGAAGGAGGAGAUGAAGUGGCGUCAGUGGGCCGACGACUGGCUGGUGCACCUCAUCUCCCCCAACGUGUAUCGGACCACCGGCGAGGCGCUGGCGUCCUUCGACUACAUCGUGCGCGAGGGCAAGUUUGGCGCCUUCGAGGGCUUCUUCGCCAAGUACGUGGGGGCGGCCGCCAUGUUCAUCAUCGCCAAGAGGCUGAAAAGCCGACACAACCUCCAGGACGACGUGAGGCAGGACCUCUACAAGGCCGUCAACGACUGGGUGGCCGCCAUCGGCAGGAAGAGGAAGUUCAUGGGCGGGGAUUGUCCCAACCUGGCCGACCUGGCGGUGUUUGGCGUCCUGCGGGUGAUGGAGGGCCUGCAGGCCUUUGAGGACAUGAUGGCCAACACCAAGGUGAAGCACUGGUACCGACGCAUGGAGGCGGCCACGCAGAACCACCAGGGACGCCACUGACCCAAACGCAGCACGCCAGCCGAUGGAGAGAAUGACCCGCCGGGACUCGUUACUGACCUCCGGUGGCCGAAAGGGGAACUGCACCUUCCUCUCGUUCCUCAUAGUUGGCUUUCCUCCUUGAAAUCAAGCUGAUAGGUCAUGCUGAGCUCUUAAAUACGCCGGAUGUCACGUGUGUGUGUGGGGGGGGGGGGGGGGUUAAGGUGCGGUAUUGGGACACUGCCAUCGGAUGGCGCUCUCACACUCGAAGCCUUGUGGGAAAGUCAUACAUUCAUGUGCA